AUGAACAAUGCCGUACCACCUAUAAAAGAUGAGCGCCAGAAUCUAGCUCAUUCAGAAACACCCACAUGUCGUCUUGCCUGCUCAUUCUCUUUGUUGUGUUGCCUGUAUGCUCAGGGAAUCUGCGCCCAUCUGGAGAUGGAAAGCCGGAACCGUUUGUUCAGAACCUGUGCACCACUUGCAUACAGUCCUGCCAAGCGAGCUGCAAGUCCUACAACUGUAACUGCCAACAAUCAUGCGCUAACAUCUGUGGAGCAACUCAAACUUCCUGCAGCUCUUGCAUGCAGUCGUGUCAAACGAGCUGCAAGUCCUGCGAUUGCCAUCGAUCCUGUGCCAACGUGUGCGGAGAAGUUCACAUUUGGCAGUUGUAACUGCCAACAGACCUGCGCAGUUCCAUGUGGAAUUCAGACUCAGCAAGUACAACAAGUAGAAACGGUGCCGCCAGUAAAGCCCAUCUCAUGCAAUUCCUGCCUGCAAACAUGCCAAGCAGGCUGUAAACCGUACGAAACCUGUAAUUGCCAGCAGUCAUGUGCCAAUGUCUGCCAAGGAAACUAUGUGGUACCACAACCGGUAGCACCCAUGCCUCUGCAACCUGCACCUAUUCCAACCGUUCCGGCUGUUCCUCAGUUUCCCACUCUGUAUCAGCCUCAAUUCAUUCUCACCCCUUGCCAAAAGCAAUGCAUAAGAGAGUGUGGCACUUUCUGCGGAACCUCAAGAAUGUGUCUGGACUCCUGCCAAACUGCAUGUGGAGCACAGUGCAGCCAGGUUCAGUUCAACACCUGCCAGAACUCGUGCCAAAACCAGUGCGGAGGCGUUUGCUCGUCACGGCCAUGCAUGAACUCUUGUAACGCUCAGUGUCGCUCUUCAUGUAGUACUUGUACUCGAACUCCUUGUGUGGACACGGUUCCUACAACGCAGCAAUCAACUUGUAUGCAUAUUUGCCAACGCUACUGUAUGAACAGCUGUCAAUCUAUACCAUGGUUGGAACCUUGCCAACAACGAUGCCAAGAUAUUUGCUCACAAGCAUGUGAUGUAGUACAACAGAUCGUUAAGUCGGUCUACUCCAUAGAAGUUGCUCCCAAUGCCGCUGAAGUGAAAGCAGAGUCAAAGAAAGGUAAUCUUCAUAUAAUCCUGAUGUUCCUCUUCUUCCUCGUUGCAGUGGCCUUUCUCUCCAUGCUAAUCGGUUUCUGGAUACUACUUUUUCAUCUUUAUUCUAUGGCCUACGUAAUGCCUCUGAUUCUUCUCACUUUCGCUGGCUACUUGCUCCUAUUUGGGAACCUUGGAGUUGCUUGCUUGAAUCCGAAGUCUGCCGUCAAAGACAUUGCAUCGACUACCGUAUGA